AAUCAUCUCAAACAAGAAGGUGUCUACAUAAUCAGUCAGAUGCAGGCGGAGGAGGAGGAGCAGCAGCACAAGGAAAAUGGCGGCAACUAUCGGACCCUCAUGCCCGACACUCACUUUUUGUGGGCCGGAGCCAGCGCGGCCCAGUUCGGCUGGGCGGUAGUCUUGUACCGGAAAGGAUCCGGCGCCCACUCCACUUCCAUGCCUUUCAGGGCUUUCGCUGUCGCAUCCCUCUUCGUCGGCGCCGGAGCCACCGCCGCCUUCGCUGGCCUCCGUGCAUCUGGUAUCCACAAGGUGGAGGACCUAAUUCAGUUGGGUGCAAACAUAAGAACUGGCCUCGGGGUACAACGGAGGGCAAGGGAUGAAUAACUGUUUAUUUCCGGGUGUAAAAUCUUUAGGAUUCUAAAUUUCUAAUUCUAUUUUAUAAAACCAACUGUUGGGUUGGACUUUCAUCUA